AUGGCUGAACCACAAGAGCCCUUCCCCGGCGCAGACGGAAUCCGCUCCCUCACCGACAAAGACUCCAUCUUUAGAGCCUUUGACUCUUAUCCUUGGACCAAGGACGCCGCCUUUCUCUCCGGCCUCCGCGCCAUCCUCGGGCCCCCCAACCCCUCCUCCUCCUCCCAAAAGGGCUCCCUCCGCGACAUCGCCACCCACGCCCGCAUCUUCUACUACGCCCAGCGCAUCGGCGUCCAGAUCGACUUCGCCGCCUACCAGGCCUGGCUCGCCCAGCACCCGGACCACAGCACGCCUCACAUCGUGCCGCCAGAGUACGAGCAGGAGCCGUCUGCUUCUUCUUCUCCUACGCUAGCUUCCCCUUCUUCUUCUUCCCCAUCUCAUUCUACUACCUCUCCCACUGCUUCGUCAGCGGCAGCGGCAGCAGUAGCAGCAGCAGCAGCAACCCCAUGGCAACAAGCCGCCCCAAAAGCAGACCUCUACGUCCCACGCAACAAACUCUCCUCCUCCGCAAACUCCACAUCUCCAUCGUCUUCGUCAGAGCCCGAGCCGGCAUACCCAAUCGCCUUUGCGGAAAUGAUCAAGCUCCUCCAAGAGGGCAAGCCCAUUCCCGGCAUCAGACAGAUCCCCAACACCAUUGAACGAGAUUCCACAGUCAAGCCUGUUGGAUCACGGCCCGUUCCAAAAAAGCCUUGGGAAAGGGAAGCUUCUGCUGCUACGGAAGCGAGUUCCCCCUUUGUUGAGAACACUCUUGAUCUCGAGUUUCCUCCGGUGGAGCAACAGGCGGCUACAGCUGCGACGCAGUCCUGA